AUGUUCGAGCGUCGCGCGGCAGAUCGCUACCGGUUGCGAAUGCACCGGGCCCGCACGGUGGCACUCACCUCCGACGAGAUGGUUGAAGUUCGAGCUGCACAACGAACCUUCGAAGGUGCCUACGUCCGCACCGCCCUCUCCCAGUUCUCCUUCGCUCUGGUCGUGCUCAAGAUCUUCACCAGCGAAUUCUACAGCACGGGGGCUCUGUUUGCCAUCUAUGGGACGGGCGUACUCAUCAUCGGUCUGUUCCGUCGCCAGCAAGGCAAUCGGCAAUUCUUUUCCGAGGUGGGCGAGGACGGGAUCAAUCGUCACAAAUUCAGGACCAGCGGGAACGUGGUGGUGAUACUCACAGCCCUGAGUCUUGGGGCGUAUGCCACCCUGAUCGGCUUACGGUGA